CAGGGACAACUCCUGUUCACGUGAUACCAAUAUUCUUUCCUGUCCCGAUCCAGUCUCCAAGCACGGCACAGCACAUUUCCUGAUAUCAGCCUCGAUAGCACCUACCACGGUGCGAUGUAGGGAAGCCACCAUGAGUUGAGAUGGCAGAGCGGUCUUUUACAGUACUAGCAUACCAUGAAGCCGACGGAUAACAACAGCGGCAAAAGUCGAGCUUGCGAUGGUUGCCGAUUGCGCAAGGUUAAAUGCCAUGGAAUUCCGACAUGCACUCAGUGUACUCAUCUUAACCUUCGAUGCACUUUUACGAACUCGGUGGCAAGACGGACACCUACCAUACGCGGUACACUCAUAGCCCAACUGCGGAGCAACAGAAGCAAAGACAUUGCAGUCAAGACGCCUCUAACGCAACCAGCGACCCGUACAGUGGCCUUCUUUUUCAACUUACUUCCGCAAUUUUCGGAGUUUGUCUACCCCUUGAAUCCCAUAAUCUCGCCACAAGAGAUGCGGCAGGCUAUCCAGACAAUGGACAGCGAUAAGGAAGAUGAAGCACUCGUGUACGCUUUCGCUGCCAUGACUAUCAAUCGUACACGAUCUUCUUGGACGCUGCACGGGGAAGUUGCGAUACUGAUCACAGAUCUGAUCCGUUGCAGCAUGAGAGCAUAUCGAGCAGUGGAUUUCGAAGCAGCCAACCUCCAAACGGAUACAUUGGGUCCACUAGCUGUCACCAUCAAGCGCAUUCUGACAUGUAUAUUUUUGAGUGUCUGCCUGGCCACCCUCGGACAGUUAGACCGCAGUUUUGCCAUCCUUCGCGAAGGCAUCACAAUGUUACAAACAGUGGAUUUUCAGCGCCAUAUAUCGCACGAUCCAAGUGAAGUUGCGAAAUGGCAGAGGCUUUACUGGGAAGUUUACAUACGAAAGACACUUGGCAAUGUUCCCUCCAUUCUGCGGCAUUCUCCCUACUCUUCGAUGCGGUCUCCCUGUGGCUGAUGAGACUAUUCCGGCACAUAUCGACCUUGGUUUUCGCCGACUGAUCAAUCUUUUCUUGGUCCUUGACGAUAAAUUUUUAGCAUAUUGGCGAAUACAAGAGAGCCCGGAGUAUCCCGCACCAGAGCUGACGGCUGACUGGGUUGCCCAGAAGCAGACGGAGCUGGACGAAGAUGCUUCCGAGACGGGCCUCGAAGAGCAAACACUGAAGGCGACUGGAGCUGACGGUCUGACGGAGCUUCAACGCAUUGAUCUAUCUAUCACGAGGCUGUGGCUUCGAACAUUGAUCUGGCAACUCGCUCUCUCUCGUCGCCUUCUCCGCUCCUUCCCCCUUCAGAAUCUCCACGAAAGUCUCUCUCUACAUUUUCCGGUUAACCGACUUUUCCAAGAAUUGCGAUCCUUGUUCGCGCGCUUGGAAAGCGUGACAAGUGUGGGCUUUCACGGGAUAGGUAUGCUCCAGAAGCUGUUCGAGAUUACGAGUACCAUCGCCGAUGUCUUAGCUCUGCCUCACAGACCCGACGAUGACCAGAUUGAAGAUCUCUCACGCGUGGAAGACCUCUUGUUCAUCGUCAGAUUCCUAUUCGCAUUUGAGGGAACUCCAAAGGAGCAGCGACAUUACCUUCGUGAGAAGCUCGAGUCUGUACAGACCAUGUACACGAGCACGGAGUUAGUCACCUUGUCAUUCAGUACCCCAGUAACAAGCUCUACAGCUUAUUAGUGAUUAGUGCAAUGGAAUGUACGGGGUUCAACUGCGCUAAAGGCAUGUAGUCAAUGGUGCUAUAUUAUGUUGCAAUCCUGCUACUGUCUUUGAAGUAUCAGUCUUCUCGCGAGUAUGGCUUUCUGAAUAACAUGGCACACGGAUCACUCUACAUGAUCGAAAAGGCGAUUUGCGUGGUACACAAACAGAUCGAUUGAACAACGAACACUUGGGGCGCCUUUCCUCGGGCACGACGUAAUAUGCAUCCUCCAUUCCCGCCAUUGCGUGAUGUCCUAGUGAGCAGCUCGGUCACUCACUCGACUUUUUCUCAUGCCGUACUGUCUCACCCCCAACAACAGAAGUCUCGGAGACAUGUGUAUCUAUGUGAUUCACGGCAGUUUUUGAAAAGUCGCGCGCUUUGACACCUUCCUCAAAGAGAAUGUCCAACUCGGCAAAGGUGCGACCUUUGGGCUCGGGCAGGCGGAAGUACGUCCAGAUAGCGCAGAUGAAGCACGAGCCUGCCCAGAGGAAGGCUGUUUUCGCGCCCCAGUUCCAGGCCGUAGGGUUUAGCAUCUUCGGGGUGAGAACGCUGGUGAUGAGACAAACGCAGUUGUACAUGUUACGGGCAAACGCGAUGGUUUUGGUUCGCAGACGAGUAGACGACAACUCGGACACAAGUGAGUAACAGACAGGACCGACAAUGCAAUCAUACACAAAGGUAGAGAUCAAAAGUAGGCUGCCGAUCGCCCAUGAGGCCGAGGUGUUGUCGCGGCCGGCCAAAGCGGUUCCUCCAAUGGCAAAGAGAACCAUGCCAUUGGUGAGCAGGCCGGAAAGAUAGAGUGUUCGACGGCCGUAACGGCUUAUCAGGGACCAGGCAACAAGUGUUCCAAGAAGACCCAUGCCAUACUGCCCAAUUGUCAUAUCGAAUGCGUUGUCCGUAGCCAUACCGGCCUGUUCGUAGAAGUAGGUUGAGUAACUCUGGAGGGUCGAACCCGUACCACCCUGUAUCAUCAUCGUCACGCAGACAAUCUCCGUGCGGCGAAGGUUUGCCUUUUUGAACAGAUCUAGAAAGGAGACUCCGGCCUCGAUCCUUUUCUCCAUCUCGUUGGUAUGGAUCAUCAUUGAGAUACUCUCAUCCGCAUCGAAGGCAACCUCUCUGCUAGGCGUUGUCAGGCGCUCAAGCGACUUCCGGGCCUGCUGAAUACGGUUGCCGCGCACGAGCCACCAGGGAGACUCAGGCGCGAGAGAGAUGCCGAUUAUCAGUGGGACGGGCCAGAUCCACUGCAAUGCGAAUGGUAUCCUGUAGCCCCAUUCAUCGUUGUGAGAAAGCAUAGCUCGCAUAAUGCCUGAGGCGAACAACUGGCCAAAAACCCAGCAGGCAUUGAUGUAGGUUGUGAGAUAGGCACGGAGAUGAACAGGGCAAACUUCGGCAGCGUAGGUGGUGGUGGUGGUCUGGAACAGACCCCAUGGGAUGCCGAUCAAGAUCUCUCCUACGAGGAGCUGGACGAGGAUCUCCGAGAAGAAGAUGAUGAAUAUGAAGCAGAUGCAUGCGACCAAGGCACCGAUCAGGGACUUGCGGUACCCGUAUCGAUCAGCGACAAUGCCAGUCAGGAAGAGCCUUAAGAUCUGGCCAGCUUGGCUUCCUCCAGACAAGCCCGACUGCCAUUGGGCGCUCAGGCCAUAGGUGCCAUCAGCCUGAAGACUGCCAAACUUGCGUGCAAAAGGUGUGUAGGCAUAGAGGUUGUUCAGCAUAACCAUGUCGAAGCCUUCCAUGAUGACACAAGUGGACAAGAAGAUGGACCAGAAGCAUGCCUUCUUGUAGAGCUUGAGGGAUUUGAAAAAGCCCAUAUGAUGCUCGUUGUCCACGGCUGCCGCCGCUUCCUGGGCAAUGGCCGCUCUGUUGGUAAGGCUGUCCUCGGAGUGAGGCAUCUCGGCUAGUGCUUGAGUUCCUGGUGAAGACAUAAGCAAGGAGAGGAUGAUGGUGGUUCGAUGCUUUGUUUGCGUUCGGUCUGUUUAUUACUCCAGGGAGAAGACAAUAGACUGGAUGAAGUGCUGUCGAAAUGGAGAAGGGUGCACCCGUCUUUAUAGCUUUGGGCUGCUGUAGUCGUCCGAGAGCAUGAGACUCCCGGUACAACAUUUUCUCAUAAUAGGCGCGCCCUUAUCAAGCCGAUACUAGCUAUCGUGUGGAAUAGAACGAAGGGAUUUUGAAGCGGGGGAUACAUGAACUGUACCGCGUGCCGCGUUACUGAAGGACAAUGACACGGGUGUCAGGGAGUCGAGACUUUCUCGAAGACACAUCCAUAUGAGCUGGGGGUAGGGAUAACGAGAUUCGAUGCCUGGAGAUAGUUAGCC